AGUGAAACCAUUAAAAUGUGUCCCCGUGGAAUCAACGGUGGUGCGGUAGGAGGAGGGGCGCAGGCGGCGGCCGAGUGGGGCAGUCGAGGGUUGGGCCCCACGACCAGCCCCAGUCCGACAGAGCACCCCUCGCAGGUGGGUGAACUGUGCCCGCCCGCUGGUCCAACCCCUCUUGUGAACAGUGACGCGAUCACCAUGCCGCCCAAGGACGAUCCGGAGACAGCCAAGCUGCGCAAGGAGCUGGAGGACCUCGUCAACAAGAUCAAGGAGGAGCAGAAGAAGGUGGCCGACACGACCAUGGCGGAGGCCUGCGCGUCGGUCGGCGACGCCCCCAAGGUGCGGCUCGUUACGCGGAAGAACCUUAAGGGCCACAUCAACAAGGUCAACUCGGUGCACUACAGCGGUGACAACAGGCACGCUGUCUCGGGGUCCCUGGACGGCAAGCUCAUCAUCUGGGACACGUGGACGGGCAACAAGAUCCAGGUCAUCCCCCUGCGGUCCUCUUGGGUCAUGUCGGUCGCCUUCGCGCCUUCGGGCAACUUCGUGGCCUGCGGCGGCAUGGACAACAUGUGCACCGUGUACGACGUGAACAACCGGGACUCGACGGGCGCGGCCAAGAUCACCCGCGAGCUGCUGGGCUACGAAGGGUUCCUGUCGUCGUGUCGCUUCCUCGACGACAACACCCUCAUCACCGGCUCCGGCGAUCAGAAGAUCACCCACUGGGACCUGGAGAAGAACGUGAAGAAGCAGGAGUUCACCGGCCACAACGGGGACGUGGUGACCAUGUCGCUGUCGCCGGACAACAACACGUACGUGACGGGCAGCGUGGACCAGAGCUGCAAGCUGUGGGACGCGCGCAGCCCGGACUGCAAGCAGGUCUUCUUCGGCCACACCGCCGACGUCAACUCGGUCUGCUUUCACCCGAGCGGCCAGGCGUUCGGCACGGGCUCGGAGGACAAGUCCUCCCGCCUCUACGACCUGCGGUCCGACCAGCAGCUGGCGCAGUUCGCUCCCCCAAGUGGCCAGCCCGGCUUCACGUCCUGCGCGCUGUCCAGCUCGGGCAGGUUCAUCAUGUGCGGCGCCGACGACAACAACAUCCACAUCUGGGACACGCUCAAGGUGCAGCACAAUGGAAUCCUAUCCAGCCACGAGAACCGCGUCACGUCCAUCUCCAUGUCGACCAACGGCAUGGCGCUGUGCAGCGCCUCUUGGGACCAGAACGUGCGCGUCUGGGGCUGAAGCUCCGGCGCGGCAAAGCAGGCGCCCCGAUCUCUGCUCGACUCUUCUCGUCUCUAUUCUAUUCGAAUCUCUCGCUGUCGCGUGUUGUUUACGUGUACGUGUAGACGAAAUGGGAAACAAGUAUUACGCAGUAAAUAUACCAAUGCUGUAUCGACUUUCGAA